AUGUUAGAGCGGCUGGCAGGUAAAUCCCAUUAUUGUUUUCUUGAUGGUUAUACUGGUUAUUUUCAGAUUUGCAUCGUCCCAGAGGACCAGGAGAAGACUACCUUCACCUGCCCUUUUGGUACAUUUGCGUAUCGUAGGAUGCCAUUUGGAUUGUGCAAUGCUCCAGGUCAUAUAGUCUCUAGGAAAGACAUUGAAGUAGAUCCUGCUAAAGUUAGCGCUAUAUCUUCUUUAUCUUACCCCGCAUGCGUGCGGGAGGUGCGAGCUUUUCUUGGUCAUGCAGGAUUCUACAGGAGAUUUAUUAGAGACUUCAGUAAGAUUGCUUUACCAUUGUCUCAGCUACUUCAGAAGGAUGUUUUGUUUGAUUUCGAUCAGAGGUGCAGAGAGACUUUUGAUAGAUUGAAGGAGGUUCUUACUUCAGCACCGAUUAUCAGACCCCCAGAUUGGUCCUUACCCUUUGAGUUGAUGUGUGAUGCUUCAGAUUAUGCAGUGGGAGCUGUACUAGCACAGAUAGUGGAUGGAGCACCACAUGUUAUUUGCUAUGCUUCCAAGACUUUGGACUCAGCUCAAGCAAACUACACAACAACAGAAAAAGAGCUUCUUUCUAUUGUUUUUGCUUUAGAUAAGUUCAGAUCAUAUCUUCUUUGUUCUCAUGUGAUUAUUUUUUUUGAUCAUGCAGCUUUGAAGUAUCUCCUCAAGAAGCCUGAUGCAAAGCCUAGAUUAAUCAGAUGGAUGCUUUUGUUUCAAGAAUUCGACGUAGAGAUACGUGAUAGGAGCGGGAAGGAGAACUUGGUUGCAGAUCAUUUGAGCAGGAUUGAAGGAGACUUAGACCAUUCGGCCAUUGAUGAUGAUUUCAGGGAUGAGCAGCUUCUACAGCUGCAGGGUGAGUCUCCAUGGUUUGGAAUACCCAGGGCGAUCAUAAGUGAUCAAGGGUCUCAUUUUUGUAACAGACACAUGAAGGCUUUGUUACAUAAGUAUGGGGUUACACAUAAAGUUUCUACAUCCUAUCAUCCUCAAACAAAUGGGCAAGAAGAAGUGUCUAACAGGGAGGUGAAAUCAAUUCUUGAAAAGACUAUGAGACCAGAUAGGAAGGAUUGGAGCAAAAGACUUGAAGAUGCACUAUGGGCUUAUAGGACCGCUUUCAAGACCCCUAUAGGAAUGUCUCCAUACAGGAUUGUGUAUGGAAAAGCUUGCCAUUUACCCGUGGAGAUUGAGCAUAGGGCGUAUUGGGCGGUUAAAGCAUGCAAUCUUGAUAGUGAUACGGUUGGAGAAGAAAGAAAACUGCAAUUGCAAGAACUUGAAGAGAUUAGAUUGGAAGCCUUUGAGAACUCACGGAUUUAUAAAGAAAAGACCAAGAGAUUUCAUGACAAACAAAUUGAGGUGAAAGAUUUCCAAAUUGGUGACAAAGUACUUCUAUAUCGAUCUCGUCUCAAAUUGAUUAAAGGUAAGUUGAGAUCCAGAUGGGAAGGAUCCUAUUGUGUUACUAAUGUGUUCUUUUAUGGAGUGGUUGAGAUCCAGGAUAUGUCUACUGGCCGGGUUUUUAAAGUUAAUGGACAAAGGCUUAAAAGGUUUCAUGAAGAAGUGAAGGGCUUGGUGGUGGAGGAAAUGGAACAUGUUGGUGCUAUCUACCCGAGCUAG